AUUGAAAGAUAUAUACGACAUGCUGCAACCAUUCUAAAAGAUUUAUUCAACUAAGUUGUGUUAUUACUUAGACGCAAAACAGUAGCAUGCUACAGCCUAUCGUGCUGUACCAAAUAUUCCUCACAAUAUGAGACAUAAAAAACGCGGGGUGCUAAGUGCGCAACUAGGCACUGUUCUCUUCUGGACAGUGCUAGUUAGCGCCUUAGGUCACACCGCCCAAGAGACAUCACCACCUCAGGAUAAGUUCACACUAGAAUCGACAUUAGUAUCAUCAUUAACGUCGGGAUCACCAGGAUUGCCGGUCGCUGCAGCUCUUUCUUCCUCCAAAUCAUCAUCAUCCGCGAGCUCAGCAACCGCCGCCAAGGAUCAUACCGCAUACAUUUUCAAAUUCGAUCAUGCCCUUUACAAUGUGACAAUACCCGAAAAUAGUGUCGGUAAAUCGUACGCCGUACAGCCUCCGAAUGAGGAUCGGUUAGGAAUCAAAAUAAUUCCGAAUUUAGAUGUAAAAUUUCGUAUAGUUAGUGGUGAUCGUGAUAAAUUAUUUAAGGCUGAAGAUCGUUUAGUAGGUGAUUUUGUAUUCUUAGCGAUUCGGACUCGAACCGGUAAUGUGAUCCUGAAUCGUGAAAAAACCGAUGAAUAUCGUUUAGGUAUUAAGGCCGUUGCUACACAAAUGGAACGCAAUGGCAAGCAUUUGUAUGAAUGUGAAACCGUGGUUAGUCUUAAGGUGCUCGAUCGUAACGAUCUUAGUCCGCUAUUUUAUCCUACGGAAUAUUCCAAGACCGUGCCCGAGGAUAUGCCCCUGCAUAAGAGUAUAGUGAAAGUGAUAGCCGAAGAUGCCGAUUUGGGGAUCAAUGGCGAAAUUUAUUAUAGUUUUUUGGAUGAUACCGACUACUUUGCAAUUCAUCCGACCACGGGGGUGAUAUCGUUGACGCGACGGGUAAAGUACGUGGAUCGAUCGAUACAUGAGUUGACAGUGCUGGCAACGGAUCGAGGAAGUAGCACGAGUAAUCGAAUGAGUCAGGCGAGCAAGGCGAAGGUGACGAUAAGGGUGAGACCGGUGAAUCUCUACCCGCCGGACAUCUACGUGCAAACAUUACCCGAAAUUGCCGAAAAUUCCAAUGCAAACAUCUAUGGAAUCGUACGUGUUGCGGACAAGGACGACGGAAUUCAUGGGCAAAUUAAGAGCCUCGACAUAGUUGGUGGUGAUCCUGAUGGGCAUUUUCGCAUUGUGCCAACCGACAGGCCGGGCGAAUACAAAAUUGAGAUACAUCGUCUCCUGGACCGCGAACAAGCACCCCAAGGCUAUAAUUUAACUCUGCGUGCAGUUGAUCGUGGAAUUCCCCCUCAUUCAAGCUAUAAGACUGUUCACGUUCGUUUGGCUGAUAUUAACGAUAAUCCCCCGGUAUUCAAUAGGGAAAUUUACGAGGUUUCCGUGCCGGAAACAUCUCCACCUAACACACCUGUGAUACGACUGAAAGUAACUGAUCGUGAUGAAGGUAAAAAUGCACAGGUCUUCCUUGAAAUUGUGGGCGGCAAUGAGGGCGGCGAAUUUCGAAUAAAUCCUGACACUGGAAUGUUGUAUACGCAAAAACUGCUAGACGCCGAAACCAAGGCAUUUUACACGCUCACAGUAUCUGCCAUUGAUCAGGGGAACAUUGGAAUGAGGAAGCAAUCCUCCGCGAAAGUGAAGAUCAACAUAGAAGAUACUAACGACAACGAUCCCAUCUUCGAGCAUACAAAUCGCACGAUUUGGAUAGAUGAAAAUGAACCACCUGGAACGACAGUGACGAAGGUUACAGCUCGUGAUCGCGACUCAGGGGAGAAUGCCUAUAUCUCGUACAGUAUCGCCAAUCUUAACGACGUACCUUUCGAUAUUGAUCAUUUCUCCGGGGUCGUACGAACAUCGAAACUAAUCGAUUAUGAGAGUAUGAAACGAGAAUACAUUUUGAGUGUGAGGGCCUCGGAUUGGGGAUUGCCCUAUCGGCGCCAAACUGAGAUGGAACUGGUCAUCAGAGUUCGAGAUGUAAAUGAUAAUCGACCCCAGUUUGAGCGGGUUGAUUGCGUGGGUCAUAUUCCACGUUCACUAUCGAUCGGUACGGAAAUUCUCACUCUUUCAGCAAUUGAUUUCGAUUCCGGGAACUACAUAAGCUAUCGGCUGGUGGCUGGGAAUGAAGAUACAUGCUUCAAUCUGGACUCAACAUCGGGGAUCAUAUCGAUCGCUUGCGAUCUGGCUGAUGUGGGACAUGACUAUCGCGAAAUCAAUGUAACAGCCACAGAUGGAACUCACUUUGCCGAUAUUAUGACUAUCCAAAUCUACCUGGUUGAACCCAAGCGACAUCUAAUUGGGAGUUCGAUCUUGGGAAGAUCUAUGACAACCGAGGAUUCAGGGAGUUUUGAGUGUCGUGAUACUGGUGUCGCUCGACGUCAGGCUGAAAUUUUGGCUGCUGCUGAGAAAAAUAACAUGCCCGGAAGGUUGGAUCGGGAACGCGAAGAGAUAGCCAUGACUCCCAGUCGGUACGGAGAAAACGUUCACGCACCAGAGUUCAUAGAUUUUCCACUGGAGUUGAAGAUUAACGAAACGGUCGAGCUUGGUGAAACGGUAGCUUGGAUAAAGGCUCGCGAUCGUGAUCAUGGCUACAAUGGAAAACUGAUCUUCGGAAUAUCCGACGGUGACCACGACUCAGUUUUUCGGCUGGAUCCUGAUACGGGUGAGCUUCAAAUCAUUGGGUACCUUGAUCGAGAACGUCAAGACGAGUACGUCCUAAAUUUAACUGUAUAUGAUCUUGGUAAGCCUCAAAAGUCCUCCUCAAAAGUUCUUCCAAUCACGGUUCUUGACGAGAAUGAUAAUCCACCGAAAUUCGAAAAAUCAUUGGCAAGUUUUCGUGUUACUGAAAAUGCGAUCAAUGGCACGAUCAUAUUUCGAUUGAAUGCAACUGAUGCUGAUCUUGGUGAUAAUGCCAAAGUCACAUAUAGUAUGAUAACAGAUACGAAAGAUUUCGCAGUGGAUCCGAUUACGGGCGUGCUAUACGUGAAUAGCGCGCUUGAUCGGGAGAAGCAGGAGGUGUACGAGUUGAGGCUCCGGGCUACAGAUGGUGGUGGAGAUCCAAAACUGGGAAAGACCGCCUUGCAUUCGGAUGCGAUUGUUCGUGUAACCGUUGAUGAUAUAAACGAUAAUGCCCCGGAGUUCACCCUGUCGGACUAUAAUUUUCGAGUGCGCGAAGAUGUCCCCAAAGGAACUGUCGUCGCGAUCGUCAGUGCAACGGAUCUUGAUGUUGGUCCUGGAGGUGACGUACUAUACUCCCUUUCAGAAGACGGAGUAGAUGAGAAAAUAUUCAAAAUCGACAAAUACUCGGGAACCAUACGGACUCAAAAGUUUCUAGACUAUGAAGAAAGGCAAGUGCAUAGUUUGACCGUGCGUGCUGUUGACCGUGGUACCCCCGCCUUAUCAUCGGAAGUGACCGUGAUUAUUGAUGUGAUUGAUGUGAAUGAGAAUCGUUUUGCACCGGAAUUCGAUGAUUAUGUGCUCAUUGGAAGUGUGGCUGAAAAUCAACCCCCCGACACUCAUGUGAUGAUUGUGACUGCCACCGAUGCCGACGCUGCUGGUCCGGAUUCGAGGAUUACAUACUCGCUGAGAGGUGGAGAUGGGCUUGGAGUAUUUGCAAUAGAUUCUGAGGGAUCCUUACGAACAACAGCAGUCCUCGACAUUGAAACGAAACCCCACUACUGGCUAACAGUUUGUGCUCAGGAUCAAGCGGUGGUGCCAUUGCAUUCCUGCGUCCAGGUCUUUAUCGAAGUAAAAAACGAAAACGAUAACGUUCCUCUAACAGAAAAUGCAGUCUACUACCCCUCCGUACCAGAAGGAAGCCCAUCCGGGGUGAAAGUGCUACAAAUAGUUGCCGAAGAUCGCGAUGUCGACCCGGAUCAGCGUAUUACAUAUCGUAUUACGUCGGGAAAUCCGGAAGGCUUUUUUGCUAUCAACAGUUCAAGCGGUGUUAUAACAACAACGGCAAGGAAAUUGGACCGUGAAAAUCAAUCGGAACACAUAUUGGAGAUCACAGUAGCUGAUAAUGGAAUACCACAAUUGUCCUCGACGACGCGUGUUGUAGUUACUGUGGAGGACGUUAACGAUCAGAAUCCUGAAUUCGACCAGAAGUUCUACAAAGUUCAGAUCCCGGCAACGGCUCAAAUCGAUCAUCCGCUGUUCCAGCAACGUUUAAACAAGCAUCAAUCACAGUCCCAACAACAAGAGUUAGAACAUCGUCUAGAAACCGCACCGUGGGAAACCUUCACGGAUACUGAGUUGGAGGGAUUUAAACCGGUCUUUCGGGUGCUGGCCAUUGAUAACGACGCUGGCGAGAAUGGACGCGUCACCUAUGCGAUAAAGUCGGGAAAAGGAAAGGCAAAGUUUCGUAUACAUCCGGAUACAGGCGUUAUUUAUGCAGCAAAAGUAUUUGAACCGGACACGGAGUAUGAUUUAGCGAUACGGGCCGAGGAUAAUGGACAGCCAAAGCGUUCACAGACUAUUCGAGUUAAUGUUGUAGUCGUGCCAAUUCCAAAGGAGUCCGAACAUCCACCUGUUAUCAAGAUGAUGGACCAGAAAGUUGACGUGACUGAAAAUGAUCGACCAGGAUAUUUUGUGGCGUUGAUCCAGGCCACUGAUGACGAUAAUGAUCAACUUUGGUACGACAUUGUUGAUGGUGAUCCUCGCAAUGAAUUCUACAUCGGCCGCGACAACGGCAACGUUCUCCUGGCCAAAUUUAUCGAUUGGGAAACCCAAAGCCAAUACAAUCUAACGAUCAGCAUCACGGAUGGCGUCCACGUAAUAAAAACUCAACUUAUUGUCAACGUAAUCGACAUAAACGACCAUCGUCCCGAAUUCACGGAGUCCGUAUAUCGCGUCGACAUAUCUGAAAAUAUCGAGGAAGAAUCUGAAAUCCUUCAGUUGCACGCAACCGAUCUGGACGAGGAUAAAAAACUCUUUUACACUUUGCAUGCAGCACGAGAUCCCAUUUCGCUAACGCUAUUCCGAAUCGACUCGCUGACUGGGAAUGUGAUAGUGACGCAACGGUUGGAUCGCGAGGUGAUUGAUGAGCAUGUGCUGAUAGUGAUAGCCAAGGAUCAAGGCACGCCAGCCAAGAGGAAUUACGCGAAAAUCAUUAUAACCGUGCAUGAUCAUAACGACCAUGCUCCGGAGUUCACCAGUAAAAUUGUGCAAGGCAAAGUGUUUGAAACGGCCGCGAUUGGAUCGCAAGUGGUGCAGCUUUACGCGAUCGACCGCGAUAUCGGCAAGAACGCGAAAAUCACAUACUCGAUAGUGAGUGGAAAUAUCGGGAAUGUGUUCGAUAUUGAUCCCAUCAUGGGGAGCAUAACUGUUGCCAAAGAAUUGGAUAUUAACUCCAUGCCGGAGUAUAUGCUGCAAGUGAAGGCCACCGACGCGGGGAGUCCGUCGCUGUCGUCACAGGUUCCAGUACAUAUAAUCGUGGCGAUGGCCGAUAACGAUCCUCCGCGAUUCUUGAAGAAUCAGCCCGCGGCCGAGAUUUAUGAAAACCUACCCAUUGGCAUGUUUGUGAUGCAGGUCGAGGCACGGUCGACUUCGUCCGUGGUGUACGAUAUCAUCAGCGGCAACGAUGGCGAUAUGUUCUUCAUAAAUCCUUCAACUGGAGUGAUAACAACGAAAGAUAAUUUGGAUUAUGAAACUAGCAAAUUCUAUAAUUUAACGAUACAAGCAACAAAUAUGGCAUCAGUAUCGGCAACAUGUUCGGCAGUUAUCCACAUCCUGGACCAAAACGACAAUGUCCCGUACUUUUUGCAGAGCUUCUACCGGGGCGAGAUAUCCGAGUCGGCACAAAUUGCAUCGUUGAUCCUUGCCGUCGAUGACGAUGAUAGCAGCGAUACCGUCGGUCUUCGAGACAGUGUCCUCCGCAAUGCACUAAGGGAGAGCAAUAACAGAACUUUAAAAUCCGGCUCUUCUGGUGCUUCAGUUUCGGCGUUGUCAUCAGGCGGGGGUGCUUCCUCCGGCUCCGCGACUCUACUAUCGUCAGCCAGCAAAAGCCCGCUCGUUAUCAAAGCUUCAGAUGCAGAUUCCGGAUUAAAUGCACUCUUGCAUUACGACAUCGUUGAGUCGUUGCCAAAGCGAUACUUUCACAUCGAUUCAACAACUGGCGCUAUAAAGACCGUGAUGCUGCUGGAUCACGAGAAGAUUCCCGUAUUUGACUUUCAUGUGAAGGUGACUGACUUGGGAAAGCCACGUCUAUCCUCGGAAUCGACGGCAAAAGUUCAAAUAAUGGUAACGGAUGUAAACGAUUGCGCUCCUAUUUUCGAGCAUACCAACUACAACGUUACCCUCCUGCUGCCGACAUAUGCGAAUGUGGUCGUUGUUCAAGUUAAUUCCACUGACCCAGAUAUAUCGGAAAAUGCAACGUUGCGGUAUGACAUCAUCGAAGGCAAUGCCGGCGGUGUAUUUGCAAUCGAUUCGAAGACUGGAGUUAUAACGACCCGUGACGUUGAACGAAUUGGAUCCUCCUACAAGUUACACGUGCGUGCCUCCGAUGGAAAAUACUCCAAGGUAGCUUACGUAAAUAUCCGUGUGGAAACAUCAGAAAAUUCAGGACUAGUUUUCCAACGAUCUAUCUACGAAGGAGCCAUUAGUGAAAACUCUACGAAAAUUACAACGGUUGCAGUUGUCAACGUCCUGGGAACAUCACUCAACGAGCAUGUUGAAUUUCGAAUCCUUAAUCCAACUGACAUGUUCCGAAUCGGCUUGACCUCCGGUGCAAUAGAAACAACAGGGAAGUCCUUCGAUCGCGAAGUUCGGGACAACUAUGAGCUUAUCAUCGAGGCGCGUUCGGCCGGCUCUCCAAAUUCGUAUGAGGAUCAAAAGCCUAGGAUUGCUCACGUUAUAGUGAACGUUACGAUUUUGGAUAUAAACGAUAACUGCCCGAUGUUCGUUAAUUUACCAUACUAUGCUGUGGUGUCAGUGGAUGAUCCUAAAGGUUCAGUGAUUACAAAAGUGCAUGCCGUGGAUUUAGAUAGUUUUGAAAAUGGUGAAGUGCGUUACGAGAUGAAGCGUGGUCAUGGUGAAUUGUUCCGAGUUGACCGGAAGACGGGUGAAGUCACGUUGAAGCAGUCGUUAGAAGGACAUAAUCGAGAUUAUGAGCUGCUGAUAGCAGCUUAUGAUGGAGGGAUUACUCCUUGCUCGACGGAGGUUUCAGUGAAUGUCAAGGUUAUUGACAAAUCUAUGCCCGUAUUCAAUAAACAGUUCUACUCCGAUACUGUUUAUGAGAACAUCGAAGUGUACUCGCCAUUAUCCGUGGCGAUACAGGCGGAUAGUCCAUUAGGCCGAAAGCUAAUCUACACCAUCGUAAAAGGCAACGAAUUGGAAGAGUUCGCUGUUGACUUCAAUACCGAUUCUAUGUAUUUUCCUGCAGCACCUGAUAGUAAGAAUGGUCCGUGCGCUAUAUAUGUUGUCGACGAGUUAGAUUACGAACGAAAACAAAACUACGAACUCAUCAUACGAGCCACCGAUAGUGUAACUGGAGUUUCAGCUGAAGUUCCAGUGUCUAUCCUUGUACAGGAUGUGAACGAUUGUCCACCGGAAAUUGAGCAGGAUAUUUACAAUGUAACAGUAUCGGAAGGAGCUCCAUUCGGGACACCCAUACUCAAGGUUCAUGCCCGGGACAAUGAUACCGGAGAGAAUGCAUUGAUUACGUACACGAUACAAACUGAUUCGGGAAAUACCUCGGAAUACUUUCAUAUGGAUGCUAACGAUGGUGUCCUGUAUUUGAAGAAGGGCUUAGAUCACGAGACGCAGAGUGUUCAUCAUUUCACGUUAGUUGCAACGGAUCAAGGACAGCCAAGCCUAAGUUCAACAGCACAUAUUUGGGUAACAGUAAUUGACAUGAAUGACAACGCACCGAAAUUCGAGCAGCCAUCGUAUAGCUGCGGCCUAUCCCAGCACGCCAAACGGGGACAAUUUGUUACGAUUGUGACGGCCAGCGAUCCUGAUUUCAUCGAUCACGAUAGUUUGAUUUACAAAAUUGCCGAAGGAAAUGAGCUGCAAACAUACGAAAUAGAUGCGAUGACGGGAAUUAUAUCGUUGAUUAAUAUGCAAAAUUUCGCCGAGAAUCACAUGACCGUGCUGAAUGUGAGCGUAACAGAUGGCGUGUACACGAGCUUCACACGCGUGAAAAUUAAUAUAUUGCCGGGAAAUUUACAUAGUCCCACAUUUCCACAUGUUUCCUACGACGUCAAAGUGAAUGAGAAUCAAUUGGCCGGACGGCAUGUAAUGACGGUAACUGCAACUGAUGAUGACUUCGGUGAUUAUGGCAUUGUCACCUAUGACAUUUUCUCGGAUGAGAUUAAGGAAUACUUCACCAUCGAUAAGGACAAGGGAGUAAUCGAAGCGAAAACAUCUUUAGAUCGCGAAGAAAGAAAACUGUACGAAAUACCAGUUAUUGCUACCGAUGGCGGCGGAAAAUCAGGAUUCACAACAGUUCGAGUGAAAAUUGGUGAUGAAAAUGAUAAUGCUCCUGUGUUCCUUUAUAAGGAGUACAAGGCAGUUAUCAAUGGAAAUCAACCGCUCAAUGUUAGUUUCAUGAAGGUGAAAGCCAUCGACGCUGACGACAACCAAAAUGGAAUCGUUCAAUACUCAAUAUUCGAUGCUCAAAAUUCUGGUUUGAAAAACUUGUUCGGCAUUGACAUCGAUACCGGCGCAAUAUUCCUGAAAUCACCCGCUGAGAAGGUCAUCAAUCAACAGUUCCAGUUCUUCAUUCGUGCUCAAGAUGGAGGUGCUAUCCCCCAACAUUCUGACGUGCCCAUCGAUAUCUUCAUUGUCCCAGACCAUCAAAUCUUACCCACAUUCGAGAAAAAGGAACGCAAACUCUUCAUCAGUGAAUCCUCUGCACCUGGAAAUCUUAUAACCAGAGUGAGAUUGGCCGGAAACAUAACAGCAAAGUAUAGAAUUAUUUCGGAAAAUGAGGAGGACCCUCAGUUUUCGAUAAGUAAAGAAGGUGAACUCACUUUGGCUAAGACCCUCGACCGAGAGAAGAAGGAUGUGCAUUAUAUUGGUAUCCUAGCAGAGACAAGCGAUAGACCACCCCUAACGGCCUUAUCCGAGAUAACCCUACAUGUCCAGGAUGAAAAUGACAACACUCCGAUAUUCGAGAGCAAUCCUUACAAUCUGGUCCUGGCUGAGAAUGUGGAUAAAGGAACUUCAAUCAUGAAAGUUACUGCAAGAGAUAGUGAUAGCGGUUCAAAUGGCGAUGUUCGAUAUUUCCUGGCCGAUGACAUUGGGGAUAUCGUCAACAUAUUCGACAUAGACGUGCACAAUGGAUGGAUCACAACUUUAGUUCCACUGGAUCGAGAGAAGCGAAGUGACUAUCGCUUCCAAGUAAUUGGCAGCGAUAAUGGUCAACCCAAACAUGUCAGCAAGACGACAGUACAUAUCAAGCUAAAGGAUUAUAAUGACAGUCCCCCCGUAUUCAAACAACCAAGCUAUGAAGCCUCAGUAAACGAGGAUGCUCUUCCUGGAACCGUACUUCUCCAAAUUUCCGUUAGUGAUCGCGAUACAGAUAUCAAUAACCCAGUCGAAUAUUACAUAAUAUCCGGUGAUCCAAGAUCGCAGUUUCAAGUCCGCCAAACUGGAGAAGUUUACGUUUCUAAACCAUUAGACCGAGAGAAUGUUGCUUUUUACAAUCUCGGAAUCAUAGCGACUGACGGAAAGUUUACAGCCCAAACGAAUAUUUCGGUCAAAGUAAAUGAUGCCAACGAUAACCCACCCUAUUGCCUCAAAUACCGCUAUCGAGCCAGUCUGAACGAAUCUGCUGUUCCUGGUACUUUCGUUGUACAAAUUUUGGCAACUGACGCGGAUGAAGAUCUCAAUGCAAAGCUUCGAUUCUACCUAACUGGAGAAGGUGCUGAUGAUUUCUCCCUAGACAAAGACACUGGAGUACUACGCACAGCUAGACAACUUGACCGCGAAACCCUGUCGAGGUAUACUAUGACUGCUCACGUUCAAGAUCGAGAACAUUUAUCUUGGGAGUGUUCGUCAAUUAUUGAGAUCGUUGUAACGGACCUGAAUGAUAACCCUCCUGAGUUUACGAUGAGCGACUACACAGUCACACUCCCUGAAGACGCAGAGAUUGGUACACUUGCUACUAAGGUCCAUGCGACUGAUAAGGACAUUGGCAUCAACCGUAAAAUACGUUAUUCCUUUAUUGAUUCUGGCAAAGAUCACUUCAGGAUCUCACCCGAUAGUGGAAUUAUAACGCUUGCCAAAGGACUAGAUCGUGAAACUAUUGCAAUUUACAACCUGACUGUCAAGGCUACGGACCAAGGUGUGCCGAAGCUUUCAUCAACAGCUAAACUGAUUGUCAACGUGCAGGACAUCAACGACAACCCUCCAGAAUUUACUUCCAAGCAUUACUUUGCCACUGUUGCUGAAAUGAGCCCUCUGAAUACAGAGGUGAUCACAAUUGUUGCUACAUCGCUUGACACUGGUGUGAAUGCCGAGGUCUACUUCUCGAUCAUUGGUGGAAACGAACAGAAAAAGUUUGCGAUCGACAGAAAUACGGGCAUCGUUACACUCAGUGGGGAACUCGAUUAUGAGAAGACCAAAGACUACUUCCUGACAAUUCAAGCUGUCGAUGGAGGAACGCCUCCUCUGAGCAAUCUCGCGACCCUCAAUAUAUCCGUAACUGAUAGUAAUGACAAUAGUCCGCAGUUCCUUUUAAAUUCCUAUAGUGCUAGAAUACGCGAAGAUGCUCAAAUUGGGGAUAAGAUUCUACAGGUGCGAGCCAUUGAUAUGGAUUCAGAUGAAAAUGCGCGCGUUAGCUACAACAUCGAGCGCGGAGAUAGACUCAACCAAUUCGCGAUAGAUGAAAGUGACGGCUACAUUUCCGUGGCUGGUCCGUUGGACCGCGAAUCUAUUUCAAGUUAUGUCCUGGAAGUCAGGGCUGGAGACCAUGGUACACCUAGUCUGUUUGCGUAUGUGAAUGUAAAUAUCGAAAUAUCUGAUGCUAACGACAACCCACCUUUGUUUACGAAGACAAACUAUACUGCGGUUAUUCAAGAGGACAAGGCGUUAGGAUUCCCCGUGCUGAAGUUCGAAGUGACUGAUCUUGACACAAACCCAAACACAGCCCCGUAUACUUUCGAUUUUCGAAGCGGUAAUGAAGAGGGUGCAUUCCGACUAGAGCAGGAUGGCACCCUACGGACUGCUACACGAUUCAAUCACAAAGUUGUUAAUAAGUACGCCUUGCAGAUUAGGGUGUUCGACAACGGGACGCCGCCUCUAUUUUCAGAUGCUUGGGUCUAUGUGAAAAUCAUUGAAGAAAGCCAGUACCCACCGGUGAUAACACCUCUAGAGAUCUCAAUCAACUCUUAUGAGGACGAAUUCCUUGGCGGAAAAAUUGGUAGAGUUUUUGCAACAGAUCAGGAUCAAUAUGACACACUGAGCUUCGGUCUGGCUCACACUUCGGGAGUGUUGUAUUCCCCGACGAGUCUUUUUAAUAUUUCAAAAGAAGAUGGUACCCUCCAUGCUCUGCCCAACUUAGACGUCGGAGACUAUCGCAUCAAUGUGACGGUUAGUGAUGGGAAAUUCACGACGUUUGCAAUAGUCAAGGUGGCUGUGGAGUUGAUUACCCCAGAGAUGCUUGCAAAUGCUGUGAUCAUCCGUUUCAGCAAAAUCAGCCCUGAAGACUUCAUCCUAAGCCAUAGAAAAGGCUUUAUCCGGUCUAUUAGAUCGGCGAUGCGCACUAGACAAAAGGACGUCGUGAUCAUCUCAGUGCAACCAGUUUCUGACGAAGUGAAUCUCAUCACUCAUCAAAGAAUGCGGCGCUAUUCCAACUCCACAAUGCAGAAAAGGCAAAUCAAGAACGACCUGGAUGUAGUUUUCACUGUGAGGAAGCAACAAGUCAAUCCCGCUGCUGAAGGAUAUUUUUCGACAAAGGAAAUCACGGCAGCAGUCCGAGACCACUUGGAGGAAAUUGAGGAAGCUACGAACUUGCUUAUCGAAGAAGUUGUUCGGACAAAAUGCAAUCAGGGACAAUGCAUCAAUGGAGUCUGUAAGGAUAAGAUUAUCCUUGAUCGAAGUGCAACCCGCACCGUGGCGACAGAUGUAACCAGCUUCGUCUCUCCAAAAUAUCGACAUGUGGAUGAAUGUGAAUGCAAACAAGGCUAUGGGGGCGAGAAAUGCGAGCAGGUGAUCAAUGCAUGUGCAAGCAAUCCGUGCCCUCCGUUCAAAAAUUGUGUACCAGACGAUUAUUUGGAUGGUUUCCGAUGUCUUUGUCCCGAAGGUUUUGCUGGUCCAACAUGUGAUCGAGAUGUUAAAAAAUGCAGUGACGAAAGCUGCUACACACCAAUCAACCCUGUCUCUUUCACAGGCAAGAGCUACGCUCAGUAUAAGAUCGACAAAAUUGUAGCAAAGAAGACUUUAGAGGAUCAGCUGAAAUUCAGCUUGAGGAUUCGAACGGUCCAACAAACUGGCAAUCUCAUGUAUGCUGCAGGAAAAGUCGAUUACAACAUUCUGGAAAUCUCCAAUGGAGUUGUUCAAUACCGAUUCGACCUAGGAUCUGGCGAAGGAAUGAUCAGCGUGACUAGUAUCUACGUAUCGGAUGGAGAAUGGCAUGAGAUUAAACUCGAACGAGAGAGGAACAGCGCCAGGCUCAUAGUAGAUGGGAAGCACGUUGCCCAAGGGAAUGCCCCAGGUGUUAAUGGAAUUUUGAAUCUUCAGUCGAACGACUUCUAUCUAGGAGCUGAAGUUCGGCCACAUCCAUCGGUGCUUGGAUUCGAAGAUAUACAACGUGGAUUCGUUGGUUGCAUGGAUGACAUCCGCUUGGCUAGGGAAUCUGUACCUCUACAUAUGACUGGCAGUAGUACCGUCGCUGUGUUGAAGAGAUUUGCCAACGUGGAAUUCACCUGCGAUGCAGCAACUGUUUUGGUACCCCUAGGAGUAUGUGGAACCCAGCCUUGUUACAAUGGCGGCGUUUGUAAGGACCUCGGUAUUGGCAAUUUCGAGUGCAUGUGCCACCCCAGAUUCGCUGGCCCAUUCUGCACUGAAGAUACCGAUCCUUGUGCCUCGUCACCGUGCCUAUUUGGUGGAAAGUGUCGUAGUGAGGGCCAAGGCAACUAUUCAUGUGAUUGUCCGGCGCGAAUGAGUGGGAAACGGUGCGAUUUUGGACGAUUCUGUUCGCCCAAUCCUUGCCGAAAUGGCGGCGUAUGUGAGGAAGGUGACAAUGGUCCACUGUGCCUAUGUCGUGGUUAUACUGGUUUAACUUGCGAAAUUGAUGUUGACGAAUGCGACAAUCAACCUUGCGGUAAUGGAGCUACAUGCAUAAACGAAGCAGGAAGUUUCCGUUGUAUAUGUCCGCCUGAUUUGACUGGAGCAAGCUGUGGUGAUCCGCUUUAUUCGAAUUCGAUAACGACUAAACUCCGUAAUCUGACAUAUGAUCAAAUAGUGGUGGGAGGCAUUGCUCUCAUUAUUAUCCUAGUGUUUCUAGUGGGUUCGGUUCUGUGUUGUGUAAUGUGUGGUAGGAGAUCUUCCUCGCAUCAUUCGACAAACAUAAAUAAUGAUCCGCAUAAAGACAUAACUCUGAAUUCAGUCUCACCAAGGGAGGAGUACAAGCGAGGAUCGAAACUUAGCAAUCUGGAGAUAACUCAGCGACCAUUGAGUUACACCCCCAGUUCGAAUGAUUCGCCAUAUCCGUGCAAUACUGUGUUUGUAAAUAAUUUAGAUACUUUGCGAAGCUACGGAUCAGCUGGUGAUGAAUUGGAAAAUGUUCCAACUGAGUACCAAAAACUGAAUCGACCCUAUCAGCAUAUCAAUAUCAAUGGGAACACUUCGAGCGAUAAUGAGUCGCUGCACAAGCAGACUUGGUCAGAUCAAAUGAAGACGAUAACAGAUCAAAAGAUCAAUAAUGAUAUGAAGCGCUCAGAUCGACUGGCAACCGUUAAGUCAUCAGGAACAAUGCCAGGACGACUGCUGAACGUGGCGGUCCCAUCAUACCCUUAUGACGAAUCAUUGAAUAUGAACGGUCAAUAUCACUGGGACUGCUCCGACUGGGUUGCGAACGCCUUGCCCGGCAUUACGGAAAUUCCUGGCAGCGAAGUACCUGACUCGUCGAGCUUUCAUAGCAACGAGAGCAAUGAGUCGCACCCGAAAAGCCUUCAUUUACAAUCAAAUUUAGGAUCAAUAGAUCAAGUACGUGGGAUAGAACCGCUCAAUGAAGAGGUUGAAUCGGAGUUCCUCGAAUCGGAGUUCGAAGGGAGUGAGAAGCCUCUAUCAACAUCAUUCGACCCGCUGUCGUCGGUGCCUGGAUUGAAUCGCUUGGACAGCGGGAGUGAGGAAUACAGAUUUAGUACAGUGCCUUUAGUAAUAAAUAAUAAUACAACAGAUAGUUAUGUACGACAUCCAAACAGUUAUUUGCCACGAUAUAGUCAGAGUGAAACGGAUGGGGAAGCUGCACCCUUAACUGGGAGCGACGGGAAAUUGCUGAACAGUCUAGACCGACGACAUGAAACAAGUGAUGACGAUGACGACGACGAUGAUGAUAAUCAACCCUAUGGAUUCCCGAAGCGGCGUAAUCGUCGCGGGCAGACGGAUAUCGACAAGUUAGUGAGGAGUGGAGCCGGAGAGAACAGUUCUUUACUAGAAAGCUACCAUCGUCAGCAACAUGACUGCACCGACAUGGACGAUCGAAUCGGACAAGCUGCAGUCAAUGAUUCCAAUUUCAGUGAUAUUCCACCGCCAUUGCAGCUAAGCAGUACCGGCCAUAGCAGUAGCAGUGCCAGCAGUCUCGCAAAGACCAGAAAAUCACCCUCACUGGGGGCAACUGGAAAAUGGUCAAAAAGUGUUCAUCAAACAGACGUUUGACAGUUAAACUGUAAUUGUACAAAAUUGAUCACAACACCGCGCAUCAGAUAACAUUUAGUAAGAUUUAAGCGAAAAAUCUGCCUUUUUGUUCUCAACUUCGUUUUAACUUACCUGAAAAUGUAUUUGGUUACUCGCGCACUCCAUUUAGACGCACCACAUGUUCCCAGACAUUUCGUUUUAGUAUUUUUUCAAGUUGAUUUAGUCUAAGUUAAUGUUUAUACGACAGCUUUUGCAAUAGGAAGUAUAUUUAAUUGUAGUUGAUCGCAUUUUACAUGGUUCCUGGCUCCAACCCCCGGAACUACGUAAUUUAUGGCAAAUUUCCAAGACUCGGUUCGAGCGAGCCUCCUUGGUGAGUGAUCUUGAAAUAGCUCUACUUAAGGUUAUUUAGUGGUUAGGUUUGAACAAAUACGGCAGUAUUUUGUACGUUUUACUCUUAAUUUGAAUAUGUCGAGCGGUAGCCAUUCAGCCAGGUCACUUGCCACACCCACACUCAGUACAAGUUGCCAUUUUUGGCUCUGAUUCGCAAACGCAUGCUUGAAGAAUGAGACCCUUUUGCGUUCGUCCUGCAGCCAACCCUCAUCGUCUCCGUGUGGUGAAUCCAAACCAACAUUUGAACUACUUAAGGACGAUUUUGAAGUAGGAGACAAACGGAAUGAAACGUAUGAAUGACACCACGAUCUAUUUUCGAUCAAGCGACGAUCAAAGCCAUGAGCACUGAUUAGUAAAAUCUCCUUUAUUAUAUUAUUAUUGUAUUUAUUUUACUACUUAUAUGGAUAAAUGUAAAAAAAUAUUUAAAUAAAUUCGAAAGAGGGAGCCCGACACAUACUUUUAUGUUUUUAGAACGUCGACUGAUGAAGAAAGAUCAACACAACACUAGAGUGCUAGAAUUUUUUAUACUUUUAAGAUUAAGCCUAUACGAGAGUAAAUAGAGAAAAUCAGUAUAUUUAAGAGUAUCUGUACAUUUAAUUGCAAGACAAGACACCCCACACUUACGAUAAAGAUAUUGGAGAAGCGGUUGAGCAUGAUGUUAUCAUGGUUUUCCUUAAUCGUCCCUCCCUCGUUUAGUAAAAGUUGAUGCAUUUUUGCCGGGGCUCGUUGCCUUGAGAGCAGAAAUCCAAGUUGAUUUUUAUUUAUUAGUUGGAUUCCAUUGAUCUGUUUCAUUGCAAUUUUAGUUUUGUCGUUAUUCCCGCUUUUGUAAAAUGUAUACUCCUAGCUUAAUUGUGUUUUUCGAAACCUUGCCUACUUUUGUUAGAUAACCGAAUACUUGCACUACGUUGUUUAAUUAUACUUUCAUUUACUGAAAUAUAUCCGAAAUCAAUUUAUUUUCUUUUGUUUUAUUUUCGCAAUUUUUCUAAGCAUCCCUUCUAGCCCCAUCACCAUGAUUUGUUUACCCCCAACAUUCACAAAUGUUGUUAAUAAAAGACGAAAUCAUCAUAACGUCUAAAUGAAAUUGAAAUUUAUAGAAGAGUAUAAACGGAGAAGUUGAAAAUGAUCUAUUUUUCUAUUCCUGAUUUUAUAUUAAAAAAAAAACAAAACACCUAAUAUACAUACUAAACUAUUGAGUCCCGCGUACUAUCUGGAAAUAAAUACAAUUCCUUAGUCAAAUGAAACCUAGAACCCCGUGUACAUAUUAAACAUUCGAAUAAGGACUAAAUGUGUAGAAGCCACUUUUUCGGUGCACACCAAAGAGCAAAAGAAAAUUUAUUCGCCCCCAACCAAAAAAAGGUGUUUUAUCUCUACACACAACUUCGCGUACUUUUCCAUUCGAAGGGAGCGGAUAUGUCCUUUGAGCAGCCAAAAUGGCUUGUUGAGAUGAGAGAAUAUUUUGCAUUGAAAAUUUAUACAUAUCCAUAGGCAAACGCAUUUAAUCUGUAACGCAAAAUACUCCUCGUCCUAACAGAGACGAAGAAGGCUCACAUCCAUUCAUUGAGAUUAUGCAGUAAGUGUAGAAGAAAUCAUGUCCCUUUCGGAAAAUCGCGAGGUUAUUAAAAUGAAUUUCGAUAAUUGUUCAGAAAAAAAAAGAUAAAAAUGAGAUGAUAGGUAAUAAAUUCAUGAUGAAAUUGAAGACAUGCGAAUAUAGGUACAGUAAACAUACUAAAAAUUGAAUUAAGGAAAAAUACUAUGCAAAAAUGACUUGAAUAUUUAUAGAAAAAUCAAUUGAAAAUAAAUGAAUUAAAAAAUA